GCCCCUAGCCAACUCGUCAGCUCAGGUCUCCAGUGUUACUAAUAGAUUUUAGUCUGAACUCUACUGCCGCGGCGGGACCAUCUGGUCAACGUCGGCCCUGGUUCCGCGCGCACAGAACUCUUCAGCCAGUGCACUGGCCUGGCCGCCGCGGCCCAGCGCGCCUGGCCCCGGGGAGCCGCUGCAGCCCGCGGACGGGCGACCUGUCCGGAGGCGGCCGCUCUGCCACAUGCCUGAGGGGGUAGAGCGUGCAAGAUCCAAUCAAGAUACAUACUGCUGGGACCUGCCAGGGAUCCAGCCCUACCCUUGCGUCCCGUGGCUGCCCCAGCCAGGCGACUGCCAAGAGAGACCUGUCAGGACAUGGCCGGAGAGCGGCCAGGAGCCUGGUUCGGUUUUGGCUUCUGCGGCUUUGGCCAGGCGCCGGGCUCUGGCCACGUGCGCCCAGUGUGCAGUCCCAAGCCGCUGCAGGCGGGCGCCGACACCUGCCGCGUGAGCGCGAGCUGGAGCUACACGGCAGUGGUGACCCGAGGAGGACGCGUGGAGUUGUCGGGCUCCACCAUUGGUGCCGAGGGCAGCUGCAGGGACGUGUGGGCCCAGGAGGGGCUCCUCGUGGUGCUGCGAGAGGGUCCAGGUCCGGGGUCAGGGGCGUUGCUACAGGCCUGGGCACCUGGCUCCGCACUGCGCGGGGAGCCCCUGUGGGUUCAGAAGAUGGAGGUCGAGGGGGAAGACAAAGCGGCCUGUGAGGCCCAGGCUGGGAUGCUGCCCCUGCUGCCCGGUGCCUGUUCCUAUGUGAGCCGGAAGCCGCCCUUCUACCGAACUCUGGCCCCAGAGCUGCUGGCACGCCGGCUGGAGCUGGGCGCUGAGCAUGCUUUGCUGCUGGGCUGGGCUGGCCAGGUGUUCUCCUGGGGUGGAGGCAGGCACGGACAGUUGGGCCACGGGAGCCUGGAGGCAGAGCCAGAGCCAAGGCUGCUGGAGGCGCUGCAGGGCCUGCCCAUGGCAGAGGUGGCUGCAGGUGGCUGGCAUUCUGUGUGUGUGAGUGAGACUGGAGACGUUUAUGUCUGGGGCUGGAAUGAAUCAGGGCAGCUGGCCCUGCCCACCAGGAGCCUGGCAGAGGACAGGGCACCAGCUGCAGUGGAAGCCACAGGACUGAAUAAAGAUGAGUCUGAAGUGAAGAGAGCAGCCGUGGGUGAGGAUGGAGCUCCAGCCCCCUUCAUAUCUAUCCAGCCUUUCCCAGCUUUAUUGGAUCUGCCCCUAGGCUCAGAUGCAGCCAAGGCCAGCUGUGGGUCCCGGCACACAGCUGUGGUGACACGAACGGGAGAGCUCUACACCUGGGGCUGGGGUAAAUAUGGACAGCUUGGUCACAAGGACACUACCAGCUUGGAUCGGCCCUGCCGUGUGGAAUACUUUAUGGAUAAACAACUCCAAGUGAAGGCUGUCACCUGUGGGCCCUGGAACACCUACGUGUAUGCUGUGGAGAAAGCAGAUUGCUGACGUCCUUGUGUGUCUAUAUGUACAUGAGACACCUGUGAACUCCCCUUGAGGCCAAGGAAAACCACUGCCAAUCCCCUCCCAUCACAAUCCUCUCUUCACCUUACAGCAAAGUCCUUAACUCCGCUGUACUUGAGUAACACCUGGGGAGCAUGAACAUUCAGAUGCCCAAAUCCAGCAUCUCAAACACUGAGAUCAGAACCUUUGGAGGCAGGGCCUAGCUACUGGUAAAGUUUGAGCGCCCCCCGACCUAUCCUCAGGUGAUUUCUAUGUACAGCCAAGAUUGAGAACAUUCUGGCUCAGUGUCUGUAGCUCAGUGGUUGGGUGCCAGCCACAUCCACCCAGGCUGGUAGGUUCGAACCCAGCCCAGGUCUGCUAAA